UCGGUGGAGACACCUCGCUUUGGCUCGUGAGGCCCAGAUGCGGGACAAAUCUGGGACAGGAUGACGAGUUCGCCACAGGACGAGCCCUGCUCCGAACGGAUGAACACCCUGGAGCCGCGGGAGAGCGACAAGUGCAACGCCCGCUCGCUGGUGGGGCCAUCCUCGUGGUGCCGUUUGUGCAGGCCCUUGCGCCAGCUCCAGGUCCCAGGUCCUGCAAGCAGAACACCAGGGCUCAUCUCAUUGCUCCCCUUCCGUCUCGGCCUCGGCCUCGAUCUCCACUGACUCCCCCUCCCCACCUCCUCAAGCUCUCCUCUUGGGAGCGCCACCAGCGUCCAAUUCUAUUCGUGAUAUGCAUCGCCAUGGAUUUGCAGCUUCCACGCCAAGACGCUUCCACGCCCUUGCCUGCUGCUUCGUCUACUCGCCCGCUCGCUCCUCCUCCUGCUCCUUCGUCCCCUCCGUCGCUCUGCCAGGCUAAACGAGCUCGUCUUACUCCUAUGAGCGAUCAAAUUCUCUCAGGAAUGGCCAACAAUGAUGAGGGAGUGGGUCCUGUGUACGAUCCACAUAGCAAUAAUUUAAAAGAAACGCCUCGAACAGAGAAGUUGUCGGGAAUAAGCGCACUACCAAAUGAAACCAAUGGAUUACAACCAAACAAUGAAGAGCAUCUGCUUGACAGCAAAAUUAUUCAUUCCAAGUAUACUGAAGAGCAACUGGCAGCAGAGCCAUUACUCGGAAUUGCAGAGUGGCUUAACUGUGCUCCCGCAGCUUUGACUUCACCGCCUCCGCCCAAGUACCAUUCCCCAAAAUCUGGAGGAUCCGAUCGAUCAGAGGAUAUCAACGAGGUUCGGAGUGGCUCCGAGACCCCACCAAAGUUACCUGAAGUUGAAGGCUCGACGAGGCCAGUGAAAUCUACUGAUCCAACUCUUUACGUUUGGGAUUUGGAUGAGACUCUAAUAAUAUUCCAGACUCUUCGGAACGGAAGAUAUGCUGAGUUGUAUAAAGGAUCCAAGGAUCCGAGGGAGGCGUGUGAACUCGGAAGACGCUGGGAGUCACUUAUACUUGACAUUUGUGAUGACUACUUCUUUUACAAGCAGGUAGAAAAUUACAAUGAGCCUAGUUUAUUAUCUUUACAGGAUUUUGACGAUGGGGCUGACCUAAGCCAAUACAAUUUUGACGGCGACAAUCUGACCGUACCCGUGGAUACUGCCAAUAAAAAUAAGUUGGCAUACCGCCAUCGUUUCAUUGGAGAGCUUUAUGAAAAGGGUCUGGAGAAGCUAUUGACUCAAGAUCAGUUGACAGAGUGGAACAAUCUCUAUGAGGCUACAGAUAUUUUUACAGACGGCUGGCUUACAGCAGGGAGGGAGCUACUGGAAGCAUGCCAGAGAGCAAAUCAACAUCUGAAUGAAAAACAACACAAAGCUGAAUCCCUGAAUACAGGAAAUUGUGAUCCUAUACUUCAAGCGAGUACUUGUGUAAAAAAUUACAAUAUCUUAGUCACAUCAGGAACUUUGGUCCCAAGCCUUGUCAAAUGCAUGCUGUUCCGACUUGACAGUUACUUCCAUCACCUUAACAUUUACAGCUCUCGGGAGGUUGGCAAGCUCCAAUGCUUUUAUUGGAUCAGAGAACGGGUGCAGGGAUUGCCUGUGAGGUUUUGUGUUGUUGGAGAUGGCAUUGAUGAGUGUGAAGCUGCUCAGUGGUUGGCAUGGCCCUUUGUGAAGAUCAAUAUUGGGCCAGAUGCCGACAACCGGCUGCCGAUUAUGUCGAUGGAGAUAUUAGAGCAAAACAUGAGAACUAUUUAUAAACUUGAUCAGUGAUUCAAGUAUUUCAACCGAACAGGUCUGGCUUGUAUGUACUGUACAGCUGUAGAAAGGUGAGAUUUUUUUAAAAAGGAGCUGAAGGCUGGUAACAUUGGUCAGAACAAGUCCUUGUGCAAUUUAUCUGAGCAAUAGAAAUUUUGUCAAUUAUUGUCUCUCACAAUUACUGAACGUAAAUUGCCAGUGUUGUGUUAUGUGUUUUUGCGUUUUUGAAUAUUGUCAAAGAAACGCAACAAGCUUUUAGCGUAAAUCAAGGGUUUGUAUCAAGUUGAAACUUCGGUACAAAUUUAUUGUUGGUUAGCAAAGUUUUCUUUAUAAACUUGGCCUUGGAUUGGUCAAGAAAUGUCAAAAUGGUCAA